AUGAGCAACGCCCCCAGGGGAUCACCCAGGGGUGUCGGCGCUGGUAAGGGCCCUGCAAGGACCUUGCCAAAGGCCUUGGUUCCCCCAGUGGCCCUUCCAGGUGGUGGUGUCGUCUGUAGGGGCCCUCCCAAUGGCGGUGGUGUCCGAGGGGCCUUCCCAGGGGACAGCGGCGCUCUGAAGGGACCUCAGAGCGGCAAGGGCGUUCCAGGUGGCCCUGCCAGGGACGAUGGAAUCCCCAAAGGCCCUGACAGGGGCUCUGGCGCCCCCAAUGCCUCUUACAGAGUCGAUGGCGCCUCCAGCGGCCCUCCUAGGGGCAACGCACCCCCAGGAGAGAUCCCAGUUGUGGUGGCAUAG